AUGGAGGAGUCGGUAAAUCGACGCAAUAUACAUGUGAACAGUAAUUAUGUUACAUCGUUAUGCGGUGAUAUUGCAGCAUCAGUAGAGAAGUGUCUUUUGGAUGGAUUGAGACGACGUUUGUUGGGUUUGUUCGGAUCGAGAUCCACAUACGCACUUCUGCAUAAUAUCUCAAAGAAUUGUCAGUCGGCAGCGAUUGUUCUCGCGAAAACGACGGUCAUCGAUAAAGAUGUGGACGAGGCACUGUCGCCGAAUUUUUUAUGGAUUCGAACUGCGCUCGUCGAAAAGAAGUUGCCAGCGAUUCUGGAUUUUAUUCACAGUUCAUUACAAUGUCGACGAUAUUACGAAAAGGAUUCAUUGAUGCUCGAUCCUGUAAAAGGUGGUGUAGUUGCUGCUCUGUUAGGUAAGUUGGGACCAAAAAAAACUGUAUAUCAAUUGUAA